AUGCAUCCACUGAACCCCGCUGUUGACGACGGCCAGCUCAUCCAUGACAUGCGGUUUUACCUAGCCUCGUUACCGCGUUCUCCAGCCUCGCCAUCACCUGAGGGUGUCUGGCUAGAAGAUGCACCAGGCACUCCACCUUGUGCUUCUAGUGAUGAGGUGGCAAGCCAGUCAAUGCUAGCCGCUACUGAUGCCCAACCUCAUCGGCCUACUGCUGUUGAUUCGUGUUCGAGGGCAGAAGCCGAGACGGAGAAUGGCUGUGUCGCAUGCCCUGUUGACCGUACCAACAAAAGUGAUGGCCAUGUCAACAAUGAGGACCAGACUGAUGAUUGUGGACGCAAUUCCCCUGAUCGAUCCAGCAUGGAAACUACGUUGUUGCGGAGCUCGGCUCCUCUCGAGCACCUUCCUAACGAAGUGCUGCUUCAUAUCCUGGGGUUCUUGGAUGUUAGUGAUUUACUGGCAACAUCUAGGACUAGUCAUCUCCUUCGAAGUUUGUCCUUGGCUCCUAUUCUUCAUCACUACCGGCUUCGACGCACUCGCCAAGUCUUACCUCCGUUACUUUCAUCUCCCACUCGACCCACGGUUGCGGAUCUCAUUUCUCGUUCCAUCUUUCUGACGCAUACCUCGGUUGUAUCUCGCCGUUUGGCCUGGUCACUCGUCUCUAUUCGCCUGUCCAGAAGACUCGCAGCUCGUCCGUCUGCCGAGGCUCUUGUUCAGCGAUGUGUGCUCCCAAAGGAGUGCGUACCUGGUAUGUCGUCAGUUCUUAUCGCGCCAGCAUUGGUGGCGAAGAGGAAAGCGGUAGAAAAGGAGAAAGUCAAGGACGGACUCAGACGUUGGAUUGCAGCAAAAUGGAAGGGCGAAGUAAGAGAGCGAGAGGAGGAGCUGAGACGAUGGCAUGAGAGUAGAGGCGUUGGCCGUGUUUGGAAAUUGACCAAAUUUUGGGAACGUUAUGUUUAUCAUGGUAGCUGA